CAGCCAGCGAGGAGGAUGCUGCUGAGCCCUGACGGAGCCCAGCUGGAUGAGGAGGGCUGGGUUAAGAGCACAGAGGAUGCUGUUGAUUACUCUGAUAUUAAUGAAGUGGCUGAAGAUGAGAGCCGCAGAUACAGGCAGGCAAUGGGCACCCUUCAGCCAAUUCGAAGACAAGAUGAAGAUGAGGAUGAUUAUGAUGCUGACUGCGAAGAUAUUGAUUCCAAGCUGAUGCCGCCGCCGCCUCCACCUCCAAUAAAGAGAGAUGACGAAAAAGAUGCAACUGCCCCUGUAUCUGAAGAUGGAGAUGGUAUCAUUCUGCCUUCCAUCAUUGCCCCAUCCUCUGCUACCUCUGAGAAGGGAUUCAGCAGCUCUUCUGAUUCUGAGUCAGAGAUGGGACCCCAAGAUGCAAGGCAGGCAGAAUCCAAGGAAGGGAAACUGACGCUGCCUCUUGCAGGAAUAAUGCAGCGAGAUGCCACCAAACAGCUGCCGAGUGUUACUGAGCUAUUCCCGGAAUUCCGCCCGGCAGGUAUUGUGCUGCGUUUUCUCCGUCUCUUUGGUCCUGGGAAGAAUGUUCCUUCUGUUUGGCGUAGUGCCCGGAGGAAACGUAAAAAGAAACAUCGGGAGCUAAUGCAAGAAGUGCAGAUCCAGGAGGGUGAAACUGCAACUGAGGCAGGAAUGGAAGAGAAGUCUCCCUGGGAAUAUGAAUUUGCUCCUCCUCCUCCUCCUGAGCAGUGCCUCUCAGAUGAUGAGAUCACUAUGAUGGCACCUGUGGAGUCCAAGUUUUCCCAGUCUACUGGAGACAUAGACAAAGUGACAGAUACCAAGCCCAAGGUUUCUGAAUGGCGUUAUGGGCCAGCCCAGCUCUGGUAUGAUAUGCUGGGGAUCCCUGAGGAUGGCAGUGGAUUUGACUAUGGUUUCAAACUAAAAGAGCAUGUGAGAGAAAAAGAGACUUCAAGUCAUUCUAUGGAGAAGAACUUGGGAGUGAUGGCUGAGAAGGAUGACUUGCUGGCUGAUGAGCACUUCCUCAUGGUGACACAGCUACAAUGGGAGGAUGAUGUGAUCUGGAAUGGGGAGGAUGUCAAACACAAAGGGACUAAAACACAGCGUGCGAGCCUGGCAGGCUGGCUGCCCUCUAGUAUGACCAGAAAUGCCACUGCGUACAAUGCCCAGCAAGGGCUAAACCGUAGUGGCUCUUUGCUCAAUCCACCCAUUCCACUAGUGCAGAAACCCAGUGUAGCAGGGGUCCUGGGCAUCGCAAAGGGCAAAGAGAAACAGCCUCCUGAGCAGCAAGCUUCCCUGGAUGAAGAUAAACCCUGGUUCUCCAUUUUCCCAAUUGAUAAUGAGGAGUUAGUGUAUGGGUUGGAAGACAAUAUCAUCUGGGAUGACCAGGCGAUGGAAAUGUUCUUGGAUCCUCCAGUCCUGACACUUGAUCCAAAUGAUGAAAACAUCAUCCUGGAAAUUCCUGAUGAAAAGGAAGAGAUGACUUUAAACUCUCCCUCCAAGGAGAACAAGAAAGAAUCAUCUCUAAGAAGAGUCGGAUCCUGUUGGGAAAAAACAGGCGUCAUCAAGGAAGAACCACAGCAGAAUAUGUCUCAGCCAGAGGUGAAGGAUCCCUGGAAUCUCUCCAAUGAUGAGUUUUACUAUCCCAAACAGCAGGGUCUUCGAGGAACCUUUGGAGGGAACAUCAUCCAGCACUCUAUCCCUGCAGUGGAACUUCGCCAGCCAUUUCCUACCCAUAUGGGUCCUAUGAAGCUCGACAAUUUUCAUCGUCCUCAUGAAGAAAAUUCCUUUGGGACCUUGUCCCAGCCAGGACCCCAUUCUGUGCAGCCACUGCUGAACCAUAUCAAGAAUGAAAGCCAAGGUAAAGCAAUGAGAGAGCAGGAGCGGCAGGCUUCAGGAGGUGGUGAGAUGUUCUUCAUGCGCACACCACAGGACCUAACUGGUAAGGAUGGUGACCUCAUCCUUGCUGAGUCUAGUGAGGAAAAGGCCCCUUUAAUGAUGCAAGUUGGCAUGGCAACAAAGAUAAAGAAACUACUACAAGCGAAACCUGGCAAGGACCCUGGAGCACCAGAUUGUAAAUACGGAGAGACUGUUUACUGUCACACAUCUCCAUUCCUGGGAUCGCUGCACCCUGGCCAGUUACUGCAGGCAUUUGAAAACAAUCUCUUCCGGGCUCCUAUUUAUCUGCACAAGAUGCCAGAAACGGAUUUCCUAAUUAUCCGAACACGACAAGGCUGUUACAUUCGGGAGCUGGUCGAUAUCUUUGUCGUUGGACAGGAGUGCCCCCUCUUUGAAGUUCCUGGUCCCAACUCCAAACGGGCCAAUACCCACAUCAGAGACUUUCUACAGGUCUUCAUUUAUCGCUUGUUCUGGAAGAGCAGAGACCGGCCCCGGAGAAUUCGCAUGGAGGAUAUCAAAAAGGCAUUUCCUUCACACUCUGAGAGCAGCAUUCGAAAGCGGCUAAAGCUAUGUGCUGACUUUAAACGCACAGGGAUGGACUCAAAUUGGUGGGUAUUAAAGUCAGACUUCAGAUUACCAACAGAAGAGGAAAUAAGAGCAAUGGUGUCCCCAGAGCAGUGCUGUGCCUAUUAUAGCAUGAUUGCAGCUGAACAGCGGCUAAAGGAUGCAGGUUAUGGGGAAAAAUCAUUCUUUGCCCCAGAGGAAGAGAAUGAAGAGGACUUCCAGAUGAAGAUUGAUGAUGAGGUGCGCACAGCUCCUUGGAAUACCACACGAGCCUUCAUUGCUGCUAUGAAGGGGAAGUGUCUUCUGGAAGUGACUGGUGUGGCAGAUCCUACAGGUUGUGGUGAAGGAUUCUCUUAUGUGAAGAUCCCAAACAAACCAACCCAGCAGAAGGAUGAUAAGGAACCACAGCCAGUGAAGAAGACUGUGACAGGGACAGAUGCUGAUCUCCGGCGUCUGUCUCUCAAAAAUGCCAAACAGCUUCUACGUAAAUUUGGUGUUCCUGAAGAAGAGAUUAAGAAGCUUUCCCGUUGGGAAGUGAUUGAUGUGGUGCGCACAAUGUCCACAGAGCAGGCUCGCUCAGGAGAGGGGCCUAUGAGUAAAUUUGCACGUGGGUCUCGGUUCUCAGUGGCAGAACAUCAGGAGAGAUAUAAAGAGGAGUGUCAGCGCAUCUUCGACUUGCAGAAUAAAGUUUUAGAAUCAACUGAGAUCUUAUCAACAGACACAGACAGCAGCUCAGCUGAGGACAGUGACUUCGAGGAGAUGGGAAAGAAUAUUGAGAAUAUGUUACAGAACAAGAAAACCAGCUCACAGCUGUCUCGGGAGAGAGAAGAACAGGAGCGGAAGGAGCUGCAAAGGAUGCUUCUGGGAGAAGACAGUGGCAAUGACAAGGAAAGGAGCAAAAAGGACAGGAGAGACAAAAAAGGAUUGUCAUCAGCUUCGGGCACCUCAGCAGGCUCUCACAAAGAUGACGACACUGCCUCUGUAACCAGUCUCAAUUCCUCUGCCACUGGCCGUCGCCUCAAAAUCUAUCGCACGUUUCGAGAUGAGGAUGGGAAAGAGUAUGUGCGGUGUGAGACAGUUCGUAAGCCCUCUGUCAUUGAUGCCUACAGCCGAAUACGGACCACCAAGGAUGAAGAGUUCAUACGAAAAUUUGCCCUCUUUGAUGAGCAGCACCGGGAGGAGAUGCGGAAGGAGCGACGCAGGAUCCAGGAGCAGUUAAGGCGGCUCAAACGAAACCAGGAAAAAGAAAAACUUAAGGGCCCACCAGAGAAAAAACCCAAGAAAAUGAAGGAGCGGCCAGAUCUGAAGUUAAAAUGUGGAGCCUGUGGUGCAAUUGGACACAUGAGAACUAAUAAAUUUUGUCCCCUCUACUAUCAAACAAAUGCCCCACCCUCCAACCCUGUUGCCAUGACAGAGGAGCAGGAGGAAGAGCUGGAAAAGACAGUCAUUCACAAUGAUAACGAAGAGCUUAUCAAAGUGGAAGGGACCAAAAUUGUUCUCGGAAAGCAACUGAUUGAGAGUGCAGAUGAGGUUCGCAGGAAAUCACUGGUCUUGAAGUUCCCUAAACAGCAGCUUCCUCCAAAGAAAAAGCGGCGAGUUGGGACCACAGUUCAUUGCGAUUACUUGAAUCGGCCUCACAAGUCCAUCCAUCGUCGACGAACGGACCCUAUGGUAACUUUGUCAUCGAUUCUAGAGGGCAUUAUCAAUGAUAUGAGAGAUCUUCCCAAUACAUACCCUUUUCACACACCUGUUAAUGCAAAGGUCGUGAAAGACUAUUACAAAAUCAUUACACGGCCUAUGGACCUACAGACCCUGCGUGAAAAUGUCCGUAAACGUCUAUACCCUUCCCGGGAAGAGUUCCGUGAACACCUGGAGCUGAUUGUGAAGAACAGUGCAACGUACAAUGGGCCAAAACACUCACUGACCCAGAUAUCUCAGUCCAUGCUGGACCUCUGUGAUGAAAAACUAAAAGAGAAGGAAGAUAAACUGGCUCGUUUAGAGAAAGCAAUUAAUCCUCUCCUGGACGAUGACGACCAAGUGGCUUUUUCCUUCAUAUUGGAUAACAUCGUCACUCAAAAAAUGAUGGUCGUACCAGAUUCUUGGCCAUUUCAUCAUCCAGUUAAUAAAAAGUUUGUUCCAGAUUAUUAUAAAGUGAUCAUCAAUCCAAUGGACCUAGAGACCAUCCGCAAGAACAUCUCCAAACACAAGUAUCAGAACAGGGAGACCUUCCUGGAUGAUGUUAAACUGAUCCUUGCCAACAGCAUUAAGUACAAUGGGCCGGAUAGUCAGUACACAAAAACUGCUCAGGAAAUCGUGAACAUCUGUUGCCAGACGCUGGCUGAGUAUGAUGAGCAUUUGACUCAGCUUGAGAGAGACAUCUCUACUGCUAAGGAAGCAGCACUGGAGGAGGCAGAUUUGGAAAGUCUUGACCCUAUGACCCCUGGACCCUACACACCUCAGCCACCAGAUUUGUAUGAUACCAACACCUCUCUCAGUAUGUCACGUGAUGCUUCAGUCUAUCAAGAUGAGAGCAACUUGUCUGCUAUGGAUACUCCUACCACUACCCCAGAGAAGCGGGGGACACAGGAAGUUGAAGAUGGGGAUGGUGACCUUGCUGAUGAAGAAGAAGGCUCAGCACAACAGCCCCAGGCCAGUGUUCUUUAUGAAGAUUUGCUUAUGUCAGAUGGAGAGGAUGAUGAUGAAGGGAGCGAUGAAGAAGGCGAUAAUCCCUUUUCAUCUAUCCAGCUGAGUGAAAGUGGCAGUGAUUCAGAUGUAGAGCCCAGUGCAAUGAGACCCAAACAACCUCAUGUCCUUCAAGAGAACACACGAAUGGGUAUGGAGAAUGAAGAGAGUAUGAUGUCCUUUGAGGGAGAUGGCGGAGAGACCUCUCAUGUUAUGGAGGACAGUAAUAUCAGUUAUGGCAGCUAUGAGGAGCCAGAUCCCAAGUCCAACACACGAGAUACCAGCUUUAGCAGCAUUGGAGGGUAUGAGAUCUCUGAAGAGGAGGAGGAGGAGGAACAGCGAUGUGGGCCAAGUGUAUUAAGUCAGGUUCAUCUUUCAGAGGAUGAGGAAGAUAGUGAGGAUUUUCACUCCAUUGCAGGAGAUAGUGACCUGGACUCAGAUGAAUGAGUUGCCCAGAUGCCCUCAGUUACUGAGGGAUGUAGCAAUCGUGGUCUGGAUUCAGACGAAUGAAUUUCCCUCAUACUCUUUUUUACUAAGGGACUAUGCGCUGUUAAUUUGAAGCAUCUUAUUUUUCUUGUAUAACAUAAAUUUUAGUAGAAUUCUGUUGUAUAUUUAUUAUUAAAUUAUCUGAAUUGUGAAUGACAAGAUUUAGACAAAGAUAACUUGCUGUGACCUGCACAGCAGUUCAGGAGCUCUAGUUACUGAAGCCAGCUACAGGUUUUAUAAUCUGAUUUACUUUCCUUCAUUCUUUUCAGAUAUACACUGAAAACUUCUUACAAAUAUUAGGCUGGUGUUUAAAUACCUUACAUUGACCUUUGAUAUGGAUCAGUUAACCAGCUCAUACAUUUAUAUAAGAAAUAAACAAUUGAAGAAAUAUUCUACAAAAGUCUGAGUAAAUUUAACAUCUAAAGCAUUUUUUAACAUCUAAAGCAGAUCUUUUCCCUUUAUUAAAGAGAAGGGCAUGGUCCUUUAUAUUUUCUGAAGUGUACCCCAAAUAUUCAGAAAAAAAUGAGUCAGAUCCAUCAGCCCAUGAAUGUGUUCCCUGGAAUUCUACUACAACUGGUUUGUAGGUCUCUUGAGAACUGCUUAACGGCCUUGAACAUCUUAAUUCACAGGGAGAACAGGUCUUUUGAAGCUCUUUGCUCAAGUUAUAGUUUGUCCUGGAAUUCCAUAAUUGCUAACCCAAGUCUUCAUCCAGGAGUUGCACAGGAAUUUCUCUGGGCUUUCCUUGUGCUUUAAAAUAUCUGGGAGUGAGUUCACUUUCUUGUCUUAAUCAAAUGAAGAGAAAGCAUAGAACCAUCUAGGAAGUGCUAUAGAGCCUCCUUGUCCCUCUGUUAUAUAGCUCAUUGGAUGAAU